GUGAAAUUUUCACUCUCCUUCCACCUCAUGGACUUAAGUGUAUCAAAUACAUUUGUGAAGAUGGCUUCUAUAGAAUGCUUUCUGAGGGUAAAAACAUGUGUGUUAGCAAUUUUGCCUGAUGCUUUUGUAGACACAAGUGUCUCAGAUACAUUUGUGGUCUGGAAGCAUUGGACACAUUUGUGGUAUCGAGUGUCAAAUACAUUUGUGGUCUGCAGUGUGUCAAAUACAUUGGUGGCCUCAAGUGUUUCAUAUACAUUUACCAUCUUAACUGUGUCGGAUACAUGUGUGGUCUCAGGUGUGUAAGAUACAUAUUGGUGGUCUCUGAUUUUUCAGACACCUUUGUGGUCUUGCGAAUGUCUUAUAAAAUAGUGGUUUUUAGUGUGUCAGAUAUAUUAGGGAUAUCAAGUGUGUCAGAUACAUUUGUGGUAUCAAAUGUGUCAGAUACCUUAGUGAUCUUAUGUGUGUCAGAUACCUUAGUGUUCUUAACUGUGUCAAAUACUUUUUUUCUUAACUGUGUCAGAUAUAUUAGUGUUCUUAAUUGUGUCAGAUACAUUUUUGUCUUAACUGUUUCAGAUAUAUUAGUGUUCUUAAUUGUGUCAGAUAAAUUUUGGUCUUAAUUGUGUCAGAUACAUUUUUGGUCAUAAAUGAGUCCGAUCCAUUAGUCUUUUUAAGUGUGUCAGAUCAUUUUUGUGUUCUUAAUUGUGUCAGAUACAUUUGUGGUCAUAAGUGUGUCAAAAUCAUUUUUGGUCUUAAGUGUGUCAGAUAAAUUAGUAUUCUUAAGUGUGACAGAUACAUAUGUGUUCCUAAUUGUAUCAGAGACAUUUAUGGUCUUAAUUGUGUCAGAUACUUUUGUAUUCUUAAGUGUGUCAGAUAAGUUUGUGGUCUUAAGUGUGGCAGACUCAUUUGUGGUCAUAAGUGUGUUUGAUACAUUUGUGACCUUAAGUGAAUCAGAUUCAUUUGUGGUCUUAAUUGUGCCAGAUACAUGUGUGGUCUUAAUUGUGUCAGAUACAUUUGUUGUCUGAAGUAUGGCAGAUACAUUUGUGGUCUUAAUUGUGUCCGAUACAUUUGUGGUCUUAAUUGUGUCAGAUACAUUUGUGGUCUGAAGUAUGUCAGAUACAUUUGAGGUCUUAAUUGUGUCAGAUACAUUUGUGGUCUUAAUUGUGUCAGAUACAUUUGUGGUCUGAAGUAUGGCAGAUACAUUUGUGGUCUUAAUUGUGUCUGAUACAUUUGUGGUCUUAAUUGUGUCUGAUACAUUUGUGGUCUGAAGUAUGGCAGAUACAUUUGUGGUCUUAAUUGUGUCAGAUACAUUUGUGAUCUUAAUUGUGUCAGAUACAUUUGUGGUCUUAAUUGUGUCAGAUACAUUUGUGGUCUUAAUUGUGUCAGAUACAUUUGUGGUCUUAAUUGUGUCAGAUACAUUUGUGGUCUGAAGUAUGGCAGAUACAUAAUAUUGUUUCAGAUACAUGUUUGGUCUCAAGUGUAACCAGUACAUAUUUUGGUCUAAAGUGUUUCAGACACAUGCGUGAAUAUGGCUUGUAGCGAUCUUAAGAUGACUUUAAAAAAAAUGUGAAGCCUUAUGUUGGGGAGUGACAGGCACAUUGAUUUUUAAAAAAAAAUUAAUCAUAAAGAAUGUUAGGGCCUCUCAAAAAUAGAGUCUUUGAUUUGGUUGUGAAAGUUAGACCAUUGGCGAAAGUGUGUCUGUGAUUUGGUUGUGAAAGUUAGACCAUUGGCGAACUGUGAUUUGGUUGUGAAAGUUAGACCAUUGGCGAAAGUGUGUCUGUGAUUUGGUUGUGAAAGUUAGACCAUUGGCGAAAGUGUGUCUGUGAUUUGGUUGUGAAAGUUAGACCAUUGGCGAAAGUGUGUCUGUGAUUUGGUUAUCGAAGGCGGACACAGGCGUGCGCGUGUCACCCUGACGAUUGCAACAUUUAAUCAAAGAUGUAAAUGUGUCCCUUCGAAUCAGAUACAGAAAGACGCGCGUUGGUCGAACACAACGAGGAAGUAUUCACUGAACACAAUUAAACGAAGCCAAUAGUUUUGUAUAGAAGUCAAUUGUGAAACUAUCCAUAUGUACCCAAAUUAUAACCGUUAAUUAUCGAUUACUUAAAAAAAACCAAGAAAUAUAUUUCCAUUCGUCAAAUGUCCACACACAGGAUGUGAGUUCAAUGAUAAUUGCUACCCUAUCGAUCAUCAAUUUGAAGUUGACUGCACCACAUACACGUGUAAAAAAGAAUUCACUACGGAGGGAACAAUGUACACUGUCAGCUCAAUCCAUGCCCGUAUGUAUACAUGUCUGUAACUUGUUCAAAGUAAUAUAUAUAUAUAUAUAUAUAUAUAUAUAUAUAUAAAUAUGUGUAAAAGUGAAUGCUUGUUUGUUUGUGGCUUUGUUUGUUCCACAUACGUUUUUAAAUGGAUUGAUGGAUCUUGACCAAACUUGGCACAUAUAAUCCAUCAUGUUGCAGACGGAAAUCUUUAGGGGUUAUGAACUUUUUAUAACAUUCCGUUUGGGACGGGGGCCCAGAAUUCGUUUUUUUUUUCUUUUAUAAGCUAUAUAAAUACAAUUAACAACAAUUACUCCUACAUGAGUUGAUGGAUUUUGAGCAAACUUAGUACACAUACACUUUAUUAUUCAUAUUCAAAUACCGAAGGGCACUGAACUCAUAAUGUCCAUUUCUCUGGGGUCGGGGGCCCCUGUUUAUUUAUCCUCAUAUAAGCUAUAUAAUUAUAAAUAGGCUUUAUACUUCUACACGAAUGGAUGGAUCUUGAUCAUCCAUAUUCAAAUACCGCAGGUUACAAAACUCAUAGUAUUCAUUUUUCUGGGGCCGGGGGCCUCAGUACAUUUUUCUUUCUAUAAGCUAUAUGAAUAUCAAUAGGGUUAGACAACGGUAUAGGUUCUAUGUGAACUUAUGGACAUAUAGACCUAGCUUGGUUGAAAUAGACUUCGUUGUCUAUAUUAACAUAUCCAUGGAUUUAAAACUAAAAAUAUCCAAUCUAGAAUUUUCUAGAAAGCUUGAUAAUUUUAAAGAGCUAUAUCUAUGGCAUUUUAAAAUAUAUUUUAAUGGGCAAAUUAUAAUUUUUAACUCUAUUAUUUAUCAGUCUGAAAUUUAUCGGCCCCUAUCUCAGAAAUAACUAAAUCAGUAUAGUAAGAGAAUUCCCCCCCCCCCCCGUGACCUUUGAUUAACGUACAAGAAAAAGUAUUUAAUAAUAGCAAUUUUUGAAAAUUUUUAUUGUAUUAAAAAAAUAAUUAGAAAAGUAGUUUUUACACAUGAUUCGAGCAGGUUAUUAAAUUGAAUCUAGAAUAUUCCAGAAAGUUCUAAAUUGUUACAAGGGGAUAUAUAGUGGGACCUAAGGGAUUAUUUAAGUUCUAUUCAUUUCUCUACUGCCCUGGAGUUUACUGUUCUCUCAGUAUCACUGAAGAAUUUUUUGAUACGGGAUCCCAAAUGGGUCGGGAUCCCAUCACAAUCUUUAUCCCAAGGGGAUCAGGAUCCCAUUAGAAAACGGGAUCCCACCGGGAUCGGGAUAACACCGGGAAACGGGACUGCGCCGAGAUCGGUUUCAGAAUGGGAUCGGGGUCACACCAGAAUGGGGUCCUAAUGCAAUCCCGGGCCACGCCAGGUAUUUACGCUAGUAUAUAUAUAUGACUAAUGUUUAACCUAACCACUAACUGUUUGUUAAACCAAUCGCUUGAAAGCACAACGAGACGAUGCAGAGCAACUUUUCAUUUCAUCGCAAUAAACUUUAAUCCCAAUGAAGGGUCACAAUUCACAGUUCACACAUAUAUAUGUAUAUAUAUAUAUAUAUAUAUAUAUAAAUGUCCAAACUGUUAUGACAUCAUAUAACUUCAUUCCCUUUAGAGAGAGAGAGAGAGGGGGUGGAGAGAGAGGUAGAGAGGUGGAGAGGUAGAGAUAUCGAGAGAAAAAGAGAGAGAGAGAGAAAGUUUGCGAGUACAAUAGUACAUGACACUCAUACCUUGUGGCGUCAUGGUCCCAUUAACGCAAUCCUUACUUGCGUAUUAGUAUAGGAAAAAAAUAGACUUAAUGGACACAUCUGUGGCGCCAUUGCGAUCAUUUCUAUUGAAGUGAGAAGAGACGGGAUAUUGCUUUUCCUUAGCAAUUUCUCGUAAGUGCUCGAUAAACCUACCAGUCAGUCGUCGCCCUAUCUGUUCCACUUAGCAUUUAAGGCUUCGAUAUCCUAACAUUACGUACAAAUUAGGUCUUACAUAAUGGAACCUGAAUUUUAUUCCUAAUAACCCUUAGGGAAUGCAAACUGUUCAGUUUGGAUAGUGUAAGGGCGUGUCUUACAGAGGCUCCGACAGCAUGUCUUAGUUGCUAGCUGCAUGGUGGUUUGGUUCUGAGGUGGCUAUGAAUUAGAAGGCAACAUUAAUUUCUAUCGCGUCUAAAUACUAUGAGAGCGGUCGAUGAGAAAAUUUUACAUGUAUCAGGCUCAGCUAGAAGAAUGUCACGGUUUUUCGACAUAUGUAUUUAGCUUUGAGGUUAUGAGGGUGGCCCAUGAGAAAGUGUUUUGUUUGCCUUCAUUAUCACCGGCACGGUUGAUCUUUUGACUCGUUGUAAGGCCGAUGAAAGGGCUUUAUACCUUUUUUUUUUGAAAACAACAAAAGAUAAUUAUAAACUUGUCAAGCUAUAUUGUAUUGAGCCACGUCAUGACGGGUGUGUAAAAAAAACAACAAAAGAUAAUUAUAAACUUGUCAAGCUAUAUUGUAUUGAGCCACGUCAUGACGGGUGUGUAAAAAAACAACAAAAGAUAAUUAUAAACUUGUCAAGCUAUAUUGUAUUGAGCCACGUCAUGACGGGUGUGUAAAAAAAACAACAAAAGAUAAUUAUAAACUUGUCAAGCUAUAUUGCAUUGAGCCACGUCAUGACGGGUGUGUAAAAAAAACAACAAAAGAUAAUUAUAAACUUGUCAAGCUAUAUUGUAUUGAGCCACGUCAUGACGGGUGUGUAAAAAAACCAACAAACCAAACAAACCAAAAACACUUCGCCCUUCUCCGAACGCACGGACCGACAUGGACGAAGGCGCAAACAACCAAUGAACAGUUUCGCUUUCGUCAAACAGCCACGCCUUGCAUUACAUCCGUUCUUUUCAUCUCCUCAGGCUGCAAGGACAUGUCUAACAAGUGCCGGGAACCAGGGGAGUUCUUCUCAUAUAUCAUCAAAAAUAGAGUAUAUGAACGCUGCACCUGUUCAAAGGAGUCGGAUCAAAGUAUUCGCUACACCUGCAGUGGUUAACUCAUCCUUGAUGGUGAUGCAAACAUCAGAGCUCGCGGUGAUGUGUGGUUUCAGAUCGCAUGAGACAAUAUCAGAAAGUAAAUUAUAGAUUAAAAAAUAUGAAACCAUUUGGAAGAAAAAAAAAUAUGUGAAAUUUAAUAUUAAUAAAUCUCAAGAUCGAUGGAAAUUAUCAUCUUUCCGAUUUAUUGUUUAAUUAAAAAUAAAAGGUAUUUUGGCAUACGCUGCAUAUA